GCGCGCCCGGAGGAGGAUUCCUGCAUCAUCCCCUCCUCGUUCGACCUCGACCGUGACAUGCUGGAGUGGGAGCAGACGGCAGCCAUCGCCUGGGCCAUCAACGCGCCACGGCGCCUUGAGGCGCUCGACGUCGACCGCGCCAUCCGGAAGCAGUUCCGCCUCAGCCACGCGGACGUCGCCGUCACUCCGUACCAUCCGGUGGAGUUCCUCGUCAAGUUCGAGCACAAGGCUCACUGUGACGAGGCGCUCGUUGCUGGGUGGGUGCGCACUGGUGGCGCCAUCGUCCACAUCCGGCCAUGGCGCCCGCUAGAGCGCGCCUUUGGCGCCGCCCUCAAUUUCCGGGUGCGGCUCUGCCUGGAGAAUGUCCCUGACUACGCCUGGACUCCCUUCAUCGCCGAGCGCAUAAUCGGGCGCCGUUGCUCCCUCGACCGCCUUGAAGACCACUCUGCACUUCGAACCAACUCCGAGACGCUCGACCUCUGGGCUUGGACUGCCGACCCCAACCUGAUCCCGAAGAUCAUCUAGCUCACGUUCACCACGCGCCCGUC